UCAGCAGCAACGGUUGAACGCGCAUUAGCAGCAGCAGCAGCUAGCGCGGUAGCAAUGGCUACCUCUUCAGCCACUUCUGCUGCAAACUCUACAUGUCAUGCGACCAGUUCACAGUCCAUCUCCAAUACGUCAGGAGCUGGCACUAGUCCGAUGGCGGGUUCGCAGUUCAGCUCGCCACCUCCACGCACCCGAAAGCAGUUAGAGCUCCAACAGGUAGAGAGGAUUCACUUAAGGUUAGAGGAGGAACUCAUACAGGCUACUAAAAGAGAGAAAGAGAUUAGAGAUAGGAGUGUCAGACUAGAGGGUAGGGAGGCAGGCAAGGCUGCGUUAGAGGGGUUAGAUGACCCGACCCUUAGCAAUAAUGAAAAGAUUCUGAAGGCGAGCAUCCUGUCCAUGCACGCAUACACGGACAGUAAACUGGAUACAAUCCAGGACACCUUGGACCAGAUCCUGAAUGCCAUGCACAGGCCAGGAAUCAGGCCAGCAGUCUUGCCGUCGCUACCAUUCUCAGCAACGACAGGCGCCUAUGCCGCUCAGUCUGGACCACCACCAAGUGGUACAUCAGCAGCAACCCUAUCUCAGACUGUUGCUUCUUUAUCUUCCGGUCCAGCGAUCGGUGCUACAACACAGUCGCCACCUGUCUCGCCAGCAGGACAACAAUUUCCUUGGUAUCCUAAGACCCCCCCGAAACCACCUCCAACCUUCUCAGGAGACAAGAAGGACGAGGCUCUCGACGCGUGGUUGAGAACGGUGCCAGUGUGGGUAAGGGCAAAGAGGACAUUGGUAGAGGAGGAAGUGAUUACUGUUCACGCCAUGAAUAGGAUCUUCCAUGAUUACUUAGAUAAGUUCGUUGUCGUGUACCUCGACGAUAUACUUAUCUUUAGUCGAACUGUCGAGGAGCAUGCUCAACAUGUAGACAAAGUACUUCCACUCCUCCGACAACUCAAGUAUAAGAUAAACGUUGAGAAAUGCGAGUUCGGUCGCACUCGAAUCUUGUACUUGGGUCAUGAAGUAUCCGCGGACGGGAUUAGGCCCGAAGAUGCGAAGGUGGCUAGCAUUAGGGACUGGCCACGACCCCAGUCUGUGACUGAGGUCAGAUCAUUCUUGGGAAUGUGUGGUUAUUACCGCAACUUUGUAAAGAACUAUAGCACGAUCGCAUCUCCCUUGACUGAUCUAACUCGACAUGACACACCACGGGACUGGACCGACGAGUGUGAGGCAGCUUUCAAGCGUUUGAAGCAUGCUCUCACACAUCAUGAGGUUCUCAUGGUACCCGACCCCCAAAGGCCAUUUGUUGUAACCACUGACGCAAGCCAAUACGACAUUGGCGCAGUGCUGGCUCAGCAGGAAGGGAAAGAGUUGAGACCGAUCGAGUACAUGAGCAAAAAGAUGCCAUCAAAGAAGUUGGCAAAGUCCACCUACGAGAGGGAACUCUAUGCUCUCUACAAGGCACUUGUCCACUGGAGGCACUAUCUGUUAGGAAGGUUCUUCUAUUUGAGAACUGACCAUCAGACCCUCAAGUGGAUCAAGACACAACCGGCUCUCUCCGAUGCACUCAAACGCUGGAUUGAACUCUUAGAUCAGUAUGACUUCAAACUAGACUAUGUGAAGGGAGAGUACAACAAGGUUGCAGAUGCGUUGUCUAAAAGAGCAGAUUACCUGGGUGCGCUGAUGUAUGAGUUUGGCCUAUCUUAGGACGUGACUCGAUCUAUGGAGGAAGCCUACAAGGAAGAUCCCAUCACGAUGGACAUCAUCAACAAACUUCAGGCUAAAGA